GUGAAAUUUAAUUAGAUAUUAAUUUUGAUAUUAUGUAUACCACAAGUGAGUAAACAUUCAAAAAUCGAUAUUCAAUUAAGAACACUGUACAAAUUGAUCUAUUAUAAUAGCCAAAGCUGAAAAAUAGCUGUACAAAGUGCACAAAAACUAUACGUUUUUAAAAAUCAUACCAAGAUGGGACUGCACAUUUUUUGGCCAGCAACCACUUGUUUAACCCUUUUUAUUGUUUGUAUAAUAAUAAUCUUAUUAAAAUAUGGUUCACAAAUUUGUAAGGUACGACAUACAGCGUUGCCAUCUGACCGAGAAUGGGAAGAAAAAGCAUAUUCACGAAAACUUUCAAUUUCCAUGGCAUAAAGUUAGAUAGAUAUCACCAUAUGUUUUCAUAUGUCAUUUAAUUAUAGCAUA